AAAGUUGCGCGGCCAACUUCACACAAAUCAUCCACCACUGUGAUAUACGGUAUUUUUCGGCACAAAUUGAGACUGAUCAACACAUUUCUCUUGGAUACAGUGUAUGAUUAGAGAAUUUGUCGAUUUGUGCUGUAAAAGAAAAAAACUCAUGAACUUUAAUUUCGUUUGGUCUUGUUCCUAAUUAUUUCCUGGAAGAUAAAGGGUGCUUUUCAUUUACUGGCACAAGUUGACACAAGUCGACUUGUGUCGCCAAAAGUGCUUUCAAUUUGAUUUGUGUCGGCAACACAAGUUGACUCGGGAAGACUUUGCUAGAGUGGUGAGUUUACGAGAGCAUCUGUGUUCCAUUUAUUCGAUUUCAAGAGUCGACACGAGUUGACACAAGUCGACACAAAAGUCAUGUAAAUGGAAGUACCCAAAGUGGACUGAAUGUCGCGCCAUCUAGUAAAUCGCAGCUGACCAGUGAGUGUACAGUUCGUAAGUCGAUCUGGCAAACUUAUGUCUAUGAUCGUUUCAGUUCGUAUACUUGCACCGCCCGUUGAGUUGUAUUUCAACAAUUUUCGCGAAUAUUUAAAGAUUUCGGUAGAAUUUUCAGUUGCUGAGGGAUAAUUAAGGAAGUGGCCAGCGGAGGACGGGUUAUGGGGGACGCAGCGAUGAGCGUCGCGGCGUCCGGAGCCGGUCAGCGAGUCGUAAAAGAAGGCUGGCUUCAAAAACGCGGAGAACAUAUUAAAAAUUGGAGAUCCAGAUAUUUUGUCUUAAGAGAUGACGGUACACUUGUUGGAUUUAAAGCCAAACCUGAUCAACAAAUGGCAGCUGCUGCUCAGCCUUUGAACAACUUUACUGUUCGUGGUUGUCAGAUCAUGUCAGUAGAUAGACCUAAACCAUUUACAUUUGUUAUAAGAGGCUUACAAUGGACCACUGUUAUUGAAAGAACAUUUCAUGUCGACACUGAACAAGAAAGAGAGAGUUGGGUUGCUGCUAUUAGGUAUGUAGCUGAUAGACUGGCUAGUGAAGAACAACAUCAACAGCACCAACAACAUCAGUCGCAACUGCAACAAUCAUCCUCAUCAGAAGAUGUGGAUAUGGAAUCAAUGGGUGGUGGUCGAUCCGAUUCUUGUGGCUCUCUUGGUGUAUUAACAGAUGUUGAUGGAGGUAUUGACGACGAACUAUCAGCAAAGUUCAGUGUUCAAGGAACAUCAAGCAGUAAAAGCACUGGAAAGAAAAAAGUGACCCUGGAGAAUUUCGAAUUUUUGAAGGUUCUGGGGAAGGGAACAUUUGGCAAAGUGAUUCUUUGCAGAGAAAAAGCAACGGGUCAUCUCUACGCUAUUAAAAUCCUUCGGAAAGAAGUAAUUAUCCGAAAAGAUGAAGUCGCUCACACUCUCACAGAAAAUAGAGUUUUACGAACAACAAACCAUCCUUUUCUAAUCUCUCUUAAGUAUAGUUUCCAAACAGCAGAUAGAUUGUGUUUUGUAAUGGAAUACGUGAAUGGUGGUGAAUUAUUCUUUCACUUAAGUCGCUCACGCGUUUUUGGUGAAGAUCGCACGCGGUUCUACGGAGCGGAAAUUAUUUCAGCCCUUAGUUAUCUCCAUUCCCAGGGGAUUAUAUACCGUGAUUUGAAAUUAGAAAAUCUUCUACUCGACAAGGACGGUCAUAUCAAGAUCGCAGAUUUCGGUUUAUGUAAGGAAGAUAUCACAUACGGAAGGACUACAAAAACAUUCUGUGGGACUCCGGAGUACCUGGCACCUGAGGUACUUGAAGACAAUGACUACGGGCGUGCGGUAGAUUGGUGGGGUGUAGGUGUAGUUAUGUACGAGAUGAUGUGUGGACGACUUCCAUUUUAUAACAGAGAUCACGAAAAACUCUUCACACUUAUCUUACUGGAAGAGGUCAAAUUCCCAAGAACGAUCAGUAACGAGGCAAAGGACAUGCUAGGAGGUCUCUUAAUAAAGGAUCCAAGUAGAAGAUUGGGAGGUGGGCCAAAUGACGCGAGAGAUAUCAUGAAUCACGCCUUCUUUUCGUCUAUUGACUGGUCAGAUCUCGUCCAGAAAAAGAUUCCACCACCGUUCAAACCUCAGGUUACCUCGGAUACAGAUACGCGGUAUUUCGACAGUGAAUUCACCGGCGAGAGUGUCGAAUUGACGCCACCAGAUCAAGGCUGUCUAGGUAGCGGUGGCGGUCUUAACUCCAUAGCAGAGGAACAAGAACACUUUCCACAGUUCUCCUACCAGGAGAGUCACUCGGCAGCAACUUCGUCUAUUGUCUCCAUCAACCACUGACAAAACAUCCAAUCAGGAUCAGUGGAUUAUUUGCUUUGUCUAAGUUGCGGCCAAAUCGAACGGCGUUUCAACUGUGCAAUCGUCGCGCGAUAAAAUAAAAGAGAAGAAAAACAAGCAGAAGAAACAGAGGAAAAGCAAAGCCAAGCGAUUCCCAUGAACAUAAUAGUAAAAUGCACGAUAGAUAACAGCGCUCUCGCGUAUUCGUGCACCAUUUCGCGUAUUCUCGCAUAUCGUGUAUCCUCGUGCGUCUUCAUUAUUAUGCUCGAAACUCGCAUCCGUUUAAUUGAUUCACGAUGCUUUUCGGUGCAUCCUUAAAUAGUUUGACAUAUCUCCAUGAGGCAGGCUAUGCAUAUACUUCAUAAUAGAAAUCAAGCUUCUUUUUAUGAAGUUGAUUUUCUACUUGACGCAGUGACGUUCCUGGUUGGAGAAAACACACUGAGGAAUUAUGGACGUCGUCAUCUAACAUCAAAUUUAUAUAUCACUUCGAUGGAAACAGCUUGAUUUCAACCACUUUGUCACUGUAAGUGAGAACCAAAUGUUUCUCUCUAAUGUGACCACCAACGUAUCCUCGCUAAAGAAGACUUCCUGCCCCAGGCGAUGCGAUACUCGGAACUUUACCGCUUUCGCUACUUUCAUUGUUACUUUUAUCAGCGAAAGUAUUGUUCCUAUUUUAUGUUGACGCCGCCACAGAAGCUAUAGGGAAAAUUAUGGUUUCAUAAUAAUCAACAGCGGAUACCCGAUGAAUUACGGUGGUACCAGACUUUCUCGUUCGCCAAAGACAGGUACGAGUACGUGAUUUCAAUUAUUGUAUAAAUCUGUGCGAAAAAAAGCCUUUUUCAAUAUUAUGAAUUAUUCUUAAUAAAGCCUAGUAAUAAUUCUUAUUAUUAUCAAUGAAAAGACGUACGGCGUGGGUAGAAAAGAUAACGCGCGAGAAAUUCAUUUUUGUUCUCAUGGGAAAACCGUCUUCUCUCACCGUGUGACGUUGACGAGUAAUGAUUAUGAACGACACAAAUAACAAUAUACCAAUAAGAAAUUACACAUUAUUAUUGCUAUUAUUAUUAUUCGCUAUAAUAAUUAUAUUAUUAUAUAUACAUAUAUUUAUAUUUUAACAAUUAAAUGAUUAUACGGUAAAA